AUGGAAAAUAGUAGUAAAACAAAAAUAUCCCAGAUAUCUAAUACUAUCUUGGGAGUUGAUGAAAGCGUAAAAUGUAAAAGUAAAAGUACUACUCAGGAUAAUGUUAUUAAUAAAGACACAUCCUCAACCAACACCUCUAAAGAUAAAUUGUUGACUCAGGAAGAAAUGACUAAAUUUUUAAGUGAACAUAUUUUUAAAAUGCAAACUUCACUUCAACAACAGUCCGGACCAAUUCAACUUGCCAAGUUUGAUAAAAACAAAGAAAAAGAUAAAGAACAAUCUUGUGUUAUUGGUUAA